UAAUCAUCACAGUGAAGUCUGACAGGCUGCCAAACAUCCGCCCGUUGGAGAUUGAAGCGUCUCACCAGUGACAAGUGUUAUAUCUGAACGGAGAGAAUGGUGAUCGAUAAGACGAACGAGGAGAAGUUCCUGAAUCUGACCGUGCCGCUGCACGGCCCAGAGCUGAACUGAAGCGAGACGAGAUGGCCUAAAGAAGCAAGAAGUUACGCAAAGCCCAUUCGAUCCAAAGGUGUUGACCUUACAGAGCUGCUGCAGCAGAAACAUCUAAGGAAAUAUCAUCAUAGCUCGGUGGCAGGAGAUAAAGCAGGUAUGCGCUCUGCCUGCUGGGAAAGCUGCCGUCUACAGAUGGACGUAUAACUCGCACGGUUUGAUCGACUGUGGACCCGGACGAGAGGAAACUCAAACUUGGGCUUUGUUCUAAGAAAGGCAGACAUCCUGAGGAGCGAUCUGAAAUGAUGGCAACCAUGAACGGCCUGGCGGAGAUGUCAAUAAAGUGUGUUCUGGUUGGGGACAGCGCGGUGGGGAAGACGGCCCUGCUGGUCCGCUUCACCUCGGAGACCUUCCCGGACAGUUACAAGCCCACGGUGUUUGAAAACACGGGGGUGGACGUGUACAUGGACGGGGUCCAGAUCAGCCUGGGCCUGUGGGACACGGCGGGCAACGACAACUUCAAGCAGAUCCGGCCCAGAUCCUACCACCAGGCCGACGUCGUCCUGCUCUGCUACUCCGUGGCUAACCCCAACUCUCUGGCUAACAUCCAGCGGAAGUGGAUGGCCGAGGUUCGGGAAAACCUGCCCAAGGUGCCCGUGCUGGUGGUGGCGACCCAGACGGACCUGAGGGAGAUCGGGGUGCACCGGGGGAACUGCAUCUCGCCGACGGAAGGGAAACGCGUGGCUCACGAGAUCCACGCUAAAGGCUACCUGGAGUGCUCGUCCUUAAGCAACCGCGGCGUGCAGCAGGUGUUCGAGUAUGCUGUGCGGACAGUCUUCAACCAAGCCAGGAAACAAGCCAGGCGGCGCAUGUUCAGCAUCAACGGGUGCAAGGUCUUUUGACCUUUGAUUUGGUUUGCAACCUGAGCCUUUGUUUUCAGAUGACUUUUGAGGGUCUCAUUCAAACUCAGACAGUUUUUUAAAAAUCUGUAAGGUGGUUUUUCAAUGACAAAAAACCCCUCUAUACUAAAUACAUUACAACAUAAACCUAAUGGAACAUUAUAGAAGUAUAUCGUCUAUGUUGGUGUCACCCUGAUGGGAUUUCAGUGCGUUAGGAGCACAGAGGAUUUUUGUGAAAGACUUUCUUUUUUGAGUUUUUAAGACAAAAGAAGGGUAUUAAUGUGUCAGUGUUGGGACCGGAUAAGGUUGUGAACUUUUAUAUAGCAGUACAAACCAAGUAAGUGUCUUUACUAACACUUGGAAAUCCCUUUUGUGUUGCGCAUAUUCUUUUUUUUUUUACAUCGGAGUUGAAUUCGGAUGCCCAUUCCUGACACAACCUUUACCAUUGAUUCAGGGUCGGGAUCAGAACUAGGAGAAUGCCGGCUUUUGACAUCUUACUACCACAAAUGCUUUUAAAAUGAUACAAGGUCUUUUUCAUGUAGAGUUACACAGAUCAUCAAUUGUAGGGUACUUUAAUUAAUUUUUUUUUAAAUUAUAUGCUACCAUAGAAAGCCAAAUGGAAGAUUUUUGUCCUGUCAGGCGCUACAUUAUGUGUGUUCUUUAUAUUUUCUUUCUAGCAGCAUUUAAGAGGAUGUAACCUGGAAAUAAAAUGUUUAAAGGUCAACGAUUGGGUAAAAAAAAUCUUUUAUUUAUUUAUUUUUUAUGUUUUUUAUUGUGUAAGUACAAGUAAACCCGAUUAAGACUUUAUACUUUUACCAAAUUUUUAUACUUUUACCAUAUUACAAAAAACAAAACUAUUUUGAAAAUAUGUUUGAAGAAUUUACAAAAAAAACCCAAUCAAAAUAUGUAUAUAAUUCAGUAAUUUAUUUCUUUAUUGAUGGGAUUUCAAUCAGUCCGUAAAUUUGCAGUUGCAAUCAGCACGCUGUAGUUUAAUGUUGACCUGCACCGCUCAGAUAAGAAAAUACAAAAUAAGUCUUAUUUUAGUACCCGAUGGUAUGCCCUAAACUCUCCAUCACCAUGCGAGAGUUUGUGUUACUGAUAAAACAACUAACUUAGUUAAAACCCGCCUAAACUCCAAGAUUUUUACAUUUUUCUAUUUAUGUAAAUUCUCUACAGCGUUGGUUCCUUGUUUGUGAUUGGAUAUGUAGUUUGAGGUGAGCAAUACUAGAAUUGCAAAGAAAAUCAACAUAACAGUCAUUUAUGAGUGUUAAAUGAAGUUUUUUUUUUAAAUGUGUUUUUUCAGUUUUUCGAGUAGUUGCAGUGAAUUAAAAUGUGUUUUUCUUAAUGAUUCUACAGGUUAGUGAUAAGACUUUUAUAAUUUUUAUGGUCCUGAAUAAAAGUUUUAAGAAUUAUACACUGUAUGACAUUUAAUUUCUAUUAUACAUACACAAACUUGGAGUCU